UGGGCAGCUGCUGCUGCUGCUCUCGCCCCCCGCGCAGGUCUCCUGGAAUUUUUGCAAUCCAGCCGGCAUGUCUCAGGCUGAGUUUGAGAAAGCUGCUGAGGAAGUUAAGAACCUCAAGACCAAGCCAACAGAUGAAGAGAUGCUGUUUAUCUAUAGCCACUACAAACAAGCAACUGUGGGCGAUGUAAAUACAGAACGGCCUGGAAUGAUGGACUUCAAAGGCAAAGCCAAGUGGGAUGCCUGGAAUGGACUGAAAGGGACUUCCAAGGACAAUGCCAUGAAAGCUUACAUCGCCAAAGUAGAAGAACUGAAGGGAAAAUAUGGAAUAUAAGGGACUUGAUUGGGCUGCCAGCCACACAUUUCACCUAAACUUUUAUAAUGCCUUGCUUUUCUAAUACUGUGGAUAAAGUGAAAUAAUGAAAAUAACCUGUUAACACAGUUCCUCAAGACUGGCCAGGAUACAGCUCUAGCAGAUUAGGGACUGAAGUGGUCACUAACUUUUAAGUAGUUUUUAUCUGUAAGUCAAUUAAAAGUGCAUUUGUUACUUUAAGUCUUUGG